AUGACUAAGAAAAGGAAGUUGGUAGACAGUGAGACAAUUGCAUUAACAGAAGAAUUUAGUGCGAUCAUACAAAAUAAAUUGCCACCAAAGUUGAAAGAUCCAGAGAGUUUCACAGUUCCUUGCACAAUUGGUAAUGUAGAAUUUUUUAAAGCACUUUGUGACAUUGGUGCAAGUGUGUCAUUGAUCCCUUUAACUAUGGCUAGGCAAUUAGGGUUGAAAGAGUUAAAGCGUACUAACAUUUCCUUGCAAUUGGCUGACAGGUCUAUUAGACAUCCAAUGGGCAUAUUGGAGAAUGUGCUUAUUAAAGUGCAGAAAUUCAUUAUUCUUGUUGAUUUUGUUGUUUUAGACAUGGAAAAAGAUAUAAAUGUACCUAUUAUACUUGGUAGACCAUUUAUGGCCACCGCAGGUACAAUAAUAGAUGUUAAAUGUGGUAAGUUCAAAUUCCAAAUUGGUGAAGAGGAAGUGGAGUUUGAUCUAAGUAAAGUGGAGAAAUAUCCCUCUUUUAUUGACCAUGUUUAUUCUGUUGACAUAUGUGAUGAAUUGGCAUUAGAGAUGAGUCAAGUUAAUCUUGAUGAUGAUUCUCUUGAAUUUUGUCUUAAUGGUAUAGGUAUACAAGAGGAACAAGUUGAAAAAAUGACUGAAUUUUUACAGGCACAGGUUCCUUACAAAAGGAGAAAUGCAUAUGAAGAGUUAGGACUAAGCAAAGGGCUACCUCCGCCAUCAUGUGAGCAAGCACCACAGCUUGAGCUUAAGCCGCUGCCUAAGCACCUCAAAUAUGUAUUUCUUGGAGAAAAAGAAACAUUACUGGUAAUCGUCAAUGCAGCAUUAGAUGAGAAACAAUUAGACAAGCUAUUACGUGUUUUGAGGAAGCAUUUGAAGGCUAUAGAAUAG